AUGAAGUGUCCUGAUCCUGGCUUUCUGUCUCUUGCAGCUGUGCACGAGUUCCCUACGGACCUGUUCACGAACAAAGAGAGGACAGAAGGAGCCGUGGCCUUGCAUGUCCUGUGUACCAUAUACAUGUUUUGCGCUCUGGCCGUCGUCUGCGAUGACUACUUCGUCCCCUCCCUGGAGAAGUUAUGUGAGCGUCUCAAUCUCAGCGAGGACGUCGCAGGUGCGACCUUUAUGGCCGCUGGCAGCUCGGCUCCAGAGCUCUUCACAUCCAUCAUAGGAGUUUUUAUCACCCGUGGCGACGUCGGCGUCGGGACCAUCGUGGGCUCAGCCGUCUUCAACAUCCUCUGCAUCAUCGGCGUGUGUGGCUUCUUCGCCGGCCAGGCGGUGAAGCUGUCUCACUGGGCUCUACUCCGAGAUUCGAUUUAUUACACGUUUUCUGUCACUGCCCUCAUUGCGUUCAUCUACGAUGAGCAGGUGUGCUGGUGGGAAUCUCUUGUCCUGAUCCUGAUGUAUGCGGUCUACAUCCUCAUCAUGAAGUUCAACGGCCGGGCCCAUCGCUACUUCGACCGUCGAAAGAAAGGCUCGGUGAAUCUGGCCAAUGGGCUCACGGGAAGCACUGAUCUGGAGGACGUCACGUGUGACGCCACUGCAGUCCUGCUUAAAAAAGCGAACUUCCACUGCACGCCGUCUGUGCUGAUGGUGGAUGAGUUGCUGUCUGCCUACCCCCACCAGCUGUCUUUCUCUGAGGCCGGCAUGAGGAUCAUGAUCACCAGUCAUUUCUCCCCGAGAACCCGGCUCACCAUGGCCUCUCGGAUGCUGAUCAAUGAGAGACAAAGACUGAUCAACACCACGGAGACUCGAGUCAAUCGCAUCACGAAUGGUGACUCUGAGUCUGCAGCCAGGGCGCAAGGGAGGCGGGGCCUAGAGAAUGGGAUGGGCGGAGUCGAGCAGGGUGUGAACGGGAGGUGCAGACUUCAGCGGCUGGAGAAUGAGACGGAGAAUGAAAAUGAGGACAACGAGAACAAUGAGAAUGACGAGGAAGGAGAGGAAGAGGAUGACAAAGAGGGCCCCCUGGUGCCCUUUAAAGUUCCAGCGGGUGUGUGUAACAAGCUCAAGUGGCUGAUCAUGUGGCCGUUGUCCCUGCUUCUCUUCUUCACGGUGCCCAACUGUGGCAAGCGCCGCUGGGAGAGGUGGUUCAUGGUCUCCUUCUUCACAGCCACCAUCUGGAUCGCCGGCCUCUCGUACAUCAUGGUGUGGAUGGUGACUGUGAUUGGCUUUACUCUCGGCAUCCCUGACGUCAUCAUGGGCAUCACCUUCCUCGCAGCGGGCACCAGCGUCCCAGACUGCAUGGCUAGUGUCAUAGUGGCGCGGCAAGGUCUGGGAGACAUGGCCAUCUCCAACUCCAUAGGCAGUAAUGUGUUUGACAUCCUGGUGGGUCUGGGUCUGCCCUGGGCGCUGCAAACGCUCUGCAUCAAGACGGGCUCCAUCAUCGAACUUAACAGCAGAGGACUCAUAUACUCCGUGGCUCUCCUACUGGCCUCAGUAUUCUUCACAGUCCUCGGCGUCCAUUUGAACAAGUGGACUCUGGACUGGCGACUGGGCUUGGCCUGCCUCAUCUUGUACGCCAUCUUUCUGUCCUUCUCCGUCCUCAUCGAGUUCAACGUUUUCACUUUCGUCAACCUCCCCAUGUGCAGAGACAUCCACUGACCCUCCCGCCUUCUCCUCUUCUUCUUCUUCUUCUUCUACUAAUUCUUCCUCUGGCUGAUGGGGGAACCUCACCUGGCUUCCAGUUUCAUGGCACCUCCAAACAAAGUCCUACCUAUUACUUAAUAGAAAAAUAGAGUUCUGUAUGAUUUAUAUUUGGUGCAAUACACACGAGUGGCGGACAGAAGGACGUCGGAUGUUUUGGGGUUAUUUUCUGGAGGUGCGAAGAGAAAGUGCCAGCGGCGGGAUUGCUGCCAAUCAUGUAUAAUGAACCAAAACGUUGGCUGGAGUAAACUUAACUGUAUUAACACCGACAAUUAGGCUACUGUUGGUGAACAAGCUGCUACUGUAACUGACUGACUGAGGCGAGAAAAGAGAGAAGUCAGCGAUUUUUGGCUGGAUUGUUUGUUACUCUUUCUACAAGUUUGGAUAUAAAGCACACGAUUAAGUAAUUUUUAAGCAAAAACUGGCUUUCUGUGUAUAUAUUAGAAGUACUUCUAUCAGCUUUUGUGUGGAAUCCUCUUAUGCACAACUGGAUCGGUCUUGCAAAGCCGAAAUAUUCUGUGUUUUCCUUUAGGCUCAAAAUGCUUCAACAUGUCUCCUUCCAGCCCACACAGCAUGCUGUAACAGCCACAGCUCUAGCUUUGCACUGUCACAGAGAUAUUUAUCACAUAAAGUCUGCUCUUGGCUGUUUUGUUUUGUUUGUCGUACCUGAGUAGAUGUGGGCUUUAAAUUUUCCCACACAAUGAAAGGGAUCUACCUGGAACUGACAUCCAGCACCGUCACUUUAUGGAUUAGAGAUUUAUUUCUUUUAAUAUUCUAUUGCAAAGCGUCUGCAGGUAAACAUGUAACUACUGAAGUUAAACUUCCCUGUAGGCGGUAGACGUCUCGUACUUUAUUGAAAAGUUAGCUUUUAGUCUCAGUCGAGUGUAACGUUAUUCCUUAAAGCCAAAAGUAUUUUUAGAUUAGCCGAACUUGUAGAUUUGGACUUAAGAGUCGAAUGCACAGCGUGUUUGUGUGUGUGUGUGCGUGAGUGAGCGCGUGCCACAAUCUGGAGCAGAUGCAAAGCAUGCCGAGGAUGUAACUGGGAAGACGUAAUCGUGAUUUAUUUAUGAAUUAAUUUAUUCGAAGAUCACGUCUGACCUCCAGUUUCAGCCUUUUGGAUCGUGUACAGUGAUUUCAGUGGAAGCUGUGUACAAUGUACUGUACCUAAUAUAUAAUCUAAGUACUGGAAACUGACUUGAUGUUGUUUAUAUUUAAGAAUAGAACUUUAUAAUUUAUAAGUUUUGUAUAGUUUGGAAAUGUUGCAUUUAUAUUAGUUUAAACACAGUGGAUUUGGAGACAAAGGAUGGAAAUGUCAGCCUUUACAAACCUCUCACAUGUUCUGAUAUGUCGCCCUCACGUGUUAAAUUAGGGAUGAGAUGCAGAUGUAACGGAUUUCUUUUCAGGAAAAACACCAGACUUUGAACUUUCACAACAGUGCUUCAAUUACUGUGCCGUCUCUUGUAUUUGAGGCUCGUGGCUGUUCUUCUCUGCGUAUUUGAGCACCACUGUUAGAACAUUACAGUCACAUUGUUUCAGCAUGUGUUCAAAGAAAAUGUGGACUUUUUAUUUCAGUUCUUGAAUCUGAUCAAUUCAAAGCGUCCUGCAGUCACAGGAUGGCGCUGUAGAGCUGCGCUAUGCCUUCAGCGAGGCUGCGCUUUGGGUGUGUGGGGGGAUAUUUUCAGGUAGGCUACGUAGUGACAUAUACUGUUCGCUUUUGCAUGCCUCUUUCAUAGUUCUGAUUAUUUUGUGUGUAAUUUUAAUGCAACAUCUUAAAGGCACUGUCUUGAUUAUGCUGUACAUAUCAGGAGGAAUAUGCUAUCAUAAACGCAGGUGUUGGAAUAACUUCUGAUGAGCAGUUAUAUUUGAGAUAUAUACAGUAUUUAGGAUGUAGGCCUACAGCACUUAGUUUCAGCUAAUUCUUGUCAUUUUAUGCUCAUGUCUGUUAACUUGUUUGUAAAUCCUCAUUUUUGUUGAUGAGGAGCUCUGGGCAGGGACAGAUGGACACCUUCACCUUGUUCCCAGUGAUCUUCUUGCAAUAAAUUGAUUUAC